AUGUCAAACGUGUUAUCAGCCGGUAAUGCUGCGUGCUCAAUUUAUGGUUUAGAGGUCACCGUUGAAAACAAAAUUUGGGCAUCAAAAAAGCUAGAAGAUGCUGGUCUAGAACCGGUUACUACAUCCACAUUGAUCAUCAUAUUCUCGGCAAAAGCAGGCAUAUCAGUGGACGACAUCGUAGUACAUGGCAACUGGUCUUCUAAACGGAUGUUUGAACACUUCUACCGGCUCUCCUCCUCAACAAGUACAAACUUUAUGCUCCGAACUAUGUUGACGUACUUCAGUCUCCCACAAUAUGCCCAUCCUUUCAAAACUCCUAUCCCAGCUGAUCAUCCUCAUCCUAACUUUGAUAUUUUCAACCUUCAAAGGAUAUGGUAUUUUUGA